ACCCCUCAGGUUAUAUAUAUAUCACUCUUUUCUCCCACACUCCUUAAACAUUUUCUUAAAUACAAUGCAUUGUAGCUCUUUUCACCUUAAACAGUAGUAAUCACGUUUUCUUAACUUGGUUAAUGUUUUACACUCACAUAUUGUUAUUUACUACCGGCAGUAAAUGCAUCAGUUUUACUUGGCUCUACCUUACUGGUCAGUCAAGGGCAAAAUCAAGUUUAAGCAAUUUGAUUGGUUGUGAUGGACUGGGGUGAGGACGGUACUGGAGGUGUACGUGCCGCUGCUAAGCACAGUCAGUUGGCCGGCGGCCGUUCAUGGACGAGGUUGGAGCUGUGCCGCUGUGGACUAUUAUUUUUUUUUAUUGCUAACCUGUUGGAGCUACCAACUUUUCCUGAACGUUUUGCUUGGUUUUUCGAGCCACGGAUCCGGACCACACUCAACGUUUUGCUUGAAUUUUGGAGCUGCAGAUCCGAACCUCGCUCGUGAGCCGGAACGGACGGUGGGACCGAAGUUGGAGCGGUUUUAUUGCCGUUCGGCUAAAACUGGUAAUCCAUGGUGGGGUGAGUAACCCAUUCCUCGUGGUUGUUCUGGGAGCCGCCAUCAUUGGAACUGCUAUUCCGAGGACGAAUGCUAACAGAGUCUCCUCAGGCCUGCAACGUUUGAAAAGCCAACGGACUGCUUUAAUAACUCAAGAAACUGAAUAGUGUGGUUGAUGCCAACAGUAUUUGUAUUUCAUACAUUCAGCUUUAUUGUUUUUGUUUAUUGAAUACCACUUGUUCAAAGGGGUUGUUUUGAACAGUUCUGGUUCUGAGGCAGCACAGUUGCACUAAGUGUGCUUAAAAUCCUAUUACUAAUCUAUUGGGGUGGUAAUAUUGAGUGUAGCACUUCCUGCGAUUAAUAUCUAAUUAAUGGGUGGGAUACCUUCUGUGCUAUUGUUCCAUGGUGCUGAAAGUUAUCUGUGCUCUGUUAAUGUGCAUUGCCCUUGGUUUAUUACUGACCAGUACGGUUUAUUAAACUGGUACACAUUCAACUUUACCAUCUUCCUUCCUUAUUUUAGUAUAAGGUCACAGUCACACUGCAUUUAGAUCUUACUUAUAGCUAUCUUAGUCUUGCUCUUGUGCUCAGUUACGCACUCUAUUCACUACAUAUAUUGUUGCCAAUUAAUACAUUAUUUUCUCAUUGUGAGGUAGUUGAUAGAGUGUAGGUCAGAGAAUCUGGGCGCUGUUCAUCGGGGAAAACUAGAACAGUGGUUACAUAAAUGGAGGCACCGCUGGGAUAUUAGACCGAGUAACUGUCCUACAAUCAAGACUAGAAGAACUAUAAUCAUACCACAAUGGCCAACUCAUCCCUCCCACUCCCACCGUUAGAGCUUCAGACCUGGUGCAGCGAAUCAAAUGUAAAUCCAGCUUAUGCAGUUGUCAUGAGUGGAGUUCCCAUGGACACCAGUAUUGCGGAUGUGGAAGAGUUAAUGGAGACAGUUAAAGCCUUCGGCAGAGUACGUGUCCGAGCCCAAAAGUCUGUCCCUCAACUGAAAACUGACAUACUGCUGUGUGAGUGUCGCAAUCCAGUUGACCCUAGCAAAGCACCUCCAGAAAUAUUCCCCCACACGGGAGAAUCACCGUGGAAGCUAACUUUGCUUACUGAAACUGCUGAAGAACCAGAUGAGUUUGCCAUAAAACUAAAAAGACUGCUUGAAAGUGAAGGAAAAACAUUAGCAGAUAUUGAGCCCUUGCUUUCCCAAGAGUCAAAUCUGAAACAGGAGCACCCUUCAUCUAUUAUUCGGGCUGUUGGAGAACUGUUGGAAAAAGUGAGACCCCCACAGGAGAACAAUGCAUUUCGCCGACUACGAGUUUUCUCUGGAGUUACUCCCACCCCUGCUGGUGAAGAGACACUUGAGAAUUGGUUGGAGCAGGCACAAUUAAUGCUCGAUGAAUGUGAUUGUUCUGCCAAGGAGAAGCGGAAGAGGAUUGUUGAGAGUGUAAAGGGGCCAGCGCUUGAAAUAAUACAAGCUAUACGCUGCAAUGAUCCAGACACACCCCCUCAAAAAUUCUUGGAGGCAAUUGAAAAUGUAUUUGGCACCACAGAAUCAGGUGAAGACCUAUAUUUUGCCUUCAGAUCUAUGCAGCAAAACCCAAAUGAAAGACUUUCAGAUUUUGUUAGAAGGCUGGAGAAAGCUCUCACCAAGGCUGUUCAAAAGGGUGGUGUUCCUCCUGCCCUAAGAGACCGUGCACGAGCUGAGCAGCUGUUACGAGGUGCUGUUGAAUCUGACAUUAUGCUGUUGCAGCUGCGGCUAAAAGAAAGACUUCACAAUCCCCCAUCCUUCAUGGCACUGCUAAGUGAGGUACGUGCAGAUGAGGAUCAGAAAAUGCUAAGGCGGCAUACUACCAGUGUGCGACAAGUUGGCGCAGCAGACCUAAAGACACCAAAGCUCUCUGAAAUGGAUGCCCUCAAGGAUCAGAUAAAGGAGCUUCGAAGCCAAGUACAGCAGCUAACAGUAAAAGGACAAGAUAGCCCUCACCUAAUUGGAGGAGUGCCACAAGCUGUGGCUGCACGUUCUAAUCCUGAGAUGCAUGUGUUAAAAGAACAAGUUCUUAGUCUCCAACACCAGUUCAGCCAACAAGCUACACCACCCACGGCUCCUAUACCUCAGCCAAGGAACCAAAGAAAUUCUUGGCGUAAAGAUAGAGAACCCACAAAGUUUGCCAGAGAGGGUUCCAAUGUAUUUUGUUACCGUUGUGGCGAAGAUGGCCACAUUGCCACCAAUUGCACCUGUCCUGAAAACUCUUCCAAGGUCAUCCGAAAACUAAUUCAGUCAAUGCAAAAACUGCAACAAAGUCAAAAGAGAACCAGCUCACGGUCUUCAGAGCCAGAAAGAAAAGGUGGCCAAGUCACUGUGAGCCAAAUUGGUCCUCCCACACCCAACCAGAUACCUACAGGUCUCAUUGGGGCACCAACAGUAGGCCAAAUUAUUAUUGAAGGCCAGCCUUGUGAUGCCUUAAUGGACAGUGGCUCCACUGUUUCUAUUGUAUUUGAGGGUUGGUAUACCCAACACCUAUCCCACUUACCAUUACACCCCAUUUCGAGUCUAGACCUUUGGGGCCUUGGCCAGAACAGUUACCCCUAUAAAGGUUUUAUCGCUGCUCAAAUACAGUUUCCUGAGGAUAUUGUAAAAGGUGGGUCCCGGACAGUCUUGGCUUUAGUCUGUCCAGAACCGAAUGGUCCCGAACAGCAGCCAGUGAUUAUUGGCACAAAUGCACGGACUUUCAUUCAUGAGCCACAGUCCAAAAGGGCAUCAAAGAACAACAAGGUGGCACAAACUAUGCGGGUGUGCACACAGUCCAUCCAAAAGUCACCUGUGACCCCAAAUAGAGCAGCAGCUUUUGUGAAAUGGGUUGGACCUGGGCCUCUAACUAUACCCCCUGGUUCUGGACUUACAGCUACAUGUAAAGUGUCCUGCUCAGAAUCUUUGGAGGACAGCAUACUGGUGAUUGAGACACCUGUUACCAGAUCCCUUCCUGCAGGGGUGCUAAUGCCCUCAUGUGUGCUUUUGUCCAUGGACAUGGAUGCAGAACAAUUCCCUCUGUUCCUGAAAAAUGAAACGGCCAAACCCAAGUCCCUUCCUAAAGGCACGGUCAUAGCUCAUGUCCAUAAAGCUGACAUAGUCACCCAGAUACAGCCAAGCCAAGUACCCCACCAACGACUUGACCCGACAGUCUUCAAUUUUGGUGACUCCCCCAUUCCUGAAAACUGGAAAGUCCGACUAUCACAAAAGUUGGCUGAGCGACCUGAAGUUUUCUCUCUGACCGAAUGGGAUGUUGGACUUGCAAAAGGGGUUGAACACCACAUCCGACUAAAAGAUUCUAGACCAUUUCGAGAACGGGUAAGACGCCUGGCUCCUGCAGACAUUGAUGAUGUCCGUCGACACUUACAAGAGCUUCUUGCUGCUGGCAUAAUUAAAGAAUCUCGUUCACCAUACGCCUCCCCAAUUGUAAUCGCAAGAAAGAAAACUGGCAAAAUUCGAAUGUGCAUUGAUUACCGCACACUUAAUUCCAGAACCAUACCAGACCAAUACACACUUCCGAGAAUAGACGAUGCCUUGGCCUGCCUCACUGGGAGUCGCUGGUUCUCUGUGCUCGACCUUCGCAGUGGCUAUUACCAAAUUGAAAUGGCAGAAGAAGACAAAGAAAAAACUGCAUUCAUUUGCCCAUUGGGUUUCUACCAAUUCGAACGCAUGCCUCAAGGGAUCACAGGUGCCCCUGCGACAUUUCAGAGAUUAAUGGAGAAGGCAGUAGGCGAUAUGAAUCUCCUCCAGUGUCUAGUCUACCUCGAUGAUCUUAUUGUGUUUGGUCGUACUCUGGAAGAGCAUGAAGAGCGACUUCUGAAAGUGCUCGAUCGCCUGAGAGAACAAGGGUUAAAACUGUCCAUUGAUAAGUGCCAAUUUUGCCAACCCCAAGUCAAAUACGUUGGUCACAUCGUGUCUGCUGCUGGCGUCGCAACAGACCCUGAUAAGAUAAAGGCAGUGGCGAAUUGGGAACCUCCAGUAAACCUAAAAUCACUGCAGUCCUUUUUAGGGUUCUGCGGUUAUUACCGCAAGUUCAUCGCCAACUAUUCUGCCAUAGUCCGGCCCCUCACAGAUCUUACAAAGGGUUACCCACCAACACAAAAGAAACAAAGGAAAAAUGAGCGCAUUGUCACACCAUACUAUCACCCUUCUGAGUCAUUUGGAGAGCGAUGGACGCUAGAAUGCACUGAGGCGUUUCGAAAAAUUAUCCAGUGCCUCACUCAUGCCCCAGUCUUGGCCUUUGCGGACCCUACCAAGCCGUACAUCCUUCAUGUGGAUGCCAGUCUUGACGGGCUUGGAGCGGUCCUUAAUCAGGAACACUCUGAUGGCUUACGCCCUGUUGCAUUUGCUAGUCGCAAGUUGAGUCAGUCAGAGAGAAACUACCCUGUUCACCAACUAGAAUUCUUGGCGUUGAAGUGGGCAGUCGUGGAUAAGUUCCAUGAUUAUCUUUAUGGGGCCUGCUUUACUGUGAGGACAGACAAUAACCCCCUCACUUAUGUACUUACAACCGCCAAGUUGAAUGCAACUGGUCAUAGGUGGCUAGCCGCACUUACCACUUACGACUUUGACAUCCAAUACAAACCCGGCCGGGAUAAUGUGGAUGCUGAUUGGUUGUCCAGAAAUGCAAUCGGUGAUGAACUCGGUUGGAGAGUAAUACCCCCCUCUGGAGUUAAAGCUCUUUUCCACCCUGUGGACAGUACCAAGUCCUCAGAGCACCCAGAACGGCUUAUUGACCAACUGGGGGCCACACCGAGUUCUGUUCCUGAUGCAUAUGCUUGUUUUACUCACCUGCAGUUAAGUCCUCUGGAGAGACUAAGCAAACUGGACCUGGCCAAAGCACAAGACCUAGAUCCUGUAAUAGGUCCUGCCAAGAAAGCAGUCCAGGAUGCGGUCUGGCCCUCCAACAGACAUCCUGACUUAUUGCUUCUACAAAAGGAAAGUUCAAAACUCCUGAUGAAAGAUGGCCUGUUGCAUCGAAAAGUUUCCAGGCCUGCCGGCCUCCAGAACUUACAACUCGUUCUCCCAAUUCAGUUCAGACCACAAGUACUCAGGGCUCUUCAUGAUGAGUCAGGGCACCUUGGAGUUGAUCGCACAGUUGAGUUACUGAGAGACAGAUUUUUCUGGCCCAAGAUGGUCUCCGAUGUGACAGACUACAUCAAGAAUUGUGGCAGGUGUGUUGCCCGCAAGACCCUACCUCGACGGGCUGCACCAUUACACCAAAUCACAAGCAGUGGCCCUCUCGACCUAGUCUGCAUAGAUUUUUUAUCUAUUGAGCCUGAUUCGAAGGGAGUGGCCAAUGUUCUCGUUGUUACAGACCAUUUCACCCGAUACGCCCAGGCCUACAUCAGCAAAGAUCAAAAAGCCUCAACCGUUGCCAAGAUUUUGGUUGAAAAGUUCUUUGUUCACUACGGGCUGCCUGCAAGGAUUCACUCUGAUCAGGGGCGUGAUUUUGAGAGCCGGUUAAUCAAAGAACUUCUACAAAUGUUGGGCAUAAAGAAGUCUAGGACAACUCCUUAUCAUCCCCAGGGUGACCCACAACCAGAGCGUUUUAACCGCACACUCCUAUCUAUGCUGGGCACGCUCAAUCCCUCUCAAAAGCAAAAGUGGAGUCAACAUAUCAGUUUGCUGGUUCACGCUUACAAUUGUACGCGGAACGACGCUACCAGUUACUCACCAUACUACCUUAUGUUUGGUCGUGAGGCUCGUCUGCCAGUUGACCUAUGCUUUGGUACGUCUCCAGAUGGCACAGACCACCAAAGUUACCUUCAGUAUGUUGAAAAGCUAAGAGCAGAGUUGCAAAAGGCUUACACACUGGCACAAGAAGUUGCAGACAAGAACCACCAGCGCAACAAAAGAUACUAUGACACAAGAGUAAGAAAUCAAGUUCUAGGACCAGGAGACAGAGUACUUAUUCGAGCUACAGGUGUACCUGGCAAGAAUAAACUUGGAGACAAGUGGAGCUCAAGCCCCUAUAUAGUGGUUGAAAAAUUGCCAAGCCUGCCGGUUUACAAGGUAAAGCCAGAAAGGGGCAGAGUCAUUGUCAAAACCUUGCAUCGUGACCAUCUCCUACCUAUUGGACACCUGGUUCGGUUUCCUGUUGAUCAUGAAAAGAAACCAGAGUGCCACCGACCAGAAACAAGGUCCUCAGCAGAGACCAAGACGAACAGACCUGAUGACAGUGCAAUGCAAAGAACUGACAAGGAGAUCAUGUCUGAGACGGAGGAAGAUGAUCUGUGGUACCUAUCCACUGCUCAAAGAGAGUCUGUUUCCCAAGCACUAGAUCUCCUUGCAGAUCACUUCAACCGCAGAGAGUCUGCUGUCACUGCAGACCCAACACUAACUUCAAACAGUGCUUGUCCAACAGAGCCUAUGAGUGCUAUUACUGUCUCAGAGGCUGAGGAGGAACCAGAGGUUAGGCAGCUGCCUGACGACCCUGUGGCGGACACAGGUCUAGCUGGGGGAGCGCUCCCUUUGGCUAGUCAGUCUGAAAGCAGUGCAGAGCCCCUCAGUGAUCAUCAGUCACGUCGAGAGAUUAAGCCAGUCAUUCGGCUCAGUUAUGACAAGCCUGGACAUUCCAUCGACAAGCCAUUUGUGAUAGUACACCGAGGAGUGAGAAUCACCAUUGGAAGAAGGAGCCAUGCCCCUGUGUUCCAGUGUGUGCCUCCUGUAGUUUAGCUGGGGUUUUCUGACAAGUAAUUUAGCCACCUAAGGGUAAAUUGAUUUGUUCUGCAUAGAUAGUCCGAUGAGGGCAUCUGGACUUUUAGAAGGGGGAGGAUGUAACCCCUCAGGUUAUAUAUAUAUCACUCUUUUCUCCCACACUCCUUAAACAUUUUCUUAAAUACAAUGCAUUGUAGCUCUUUUCACCUUAAACAGUAGUAAUCACGUUUUCUUAACUUGGUUAAUGUUUUACACUCACAUAUUGUUAUUUACUACCGGCAGUAAAUGCAUCAGUUUUACUUGGCUCUACCUUACUGGUCAGUCAAGGGCAAAAUCAAGUUUAAGCAAUUUGAUUGGUUGUGAUGGACUGGGGUGAGGACGGUACUGGAGGUGUACGUGCCGCUGCUACGCACAGUCAGUUGGCCGGCGGCCGUUCAUGGACGAGGUUGGAGCUGUGCCGCUGUGGACUAUUAUUUUUUUUUAUUGCUAACCUGUUGGAGCUACCAACUUUUCCUGAACGUUUUGCUUGGUUUUUCGAGCCACGGAUCCGGACCACACUCAACGUUUUGCUUGAAUUUUGGAGCUGCAGAUCCGAACCUCGCUCGUGAGCCGGAACGGACGGUGGGACCGAAGUUGGAGCGGUUUUAUUGCUGUUCGGCUAAAACUGGUAAUCCAUGGUGGGGUGAGUAACCCAUUCCUCGUGGUUGUUCUGGGAGCCGCCAUCAUUGGAACUGCUAUUCCGAGGACGAAUGCUAACAGAGUCUCCUCAGGCCUGCAACGUUUGAAAAGCCAACGGACUGCUUUAAUAACUCAAGAAACUGAAUAGUGUGGUUGAUGCCAACAGUAUUUGUAUUUCAUACAUUCAGCUUUAUUGUUUUUGUUUAUUGAAUACCACUUGUUCAAAGGGGUUGUUUUGAACAGUUCUGGUUCUGAGGCAGCACAGUUGCACUAAGUGUGCUUAAAAUCCUAUUACUAAUCUAUUGGGGUGGUAAUAUUGAGUGUAGCACUUCCUGCGAUUAAUAUCUAAUUAAUGGGUGGGAUACCUUCUGUGCUAUUGUUCCAUGGUGCUGAAAGUUAUCUGUGCUCUGUUAAUGUGCAUUGCCCUUGGUUUAUUACUGACCAGUACGGUUUAUUAAACUGGUACACAUUCAACUUUACCAUCUUCCUUCCUUAUUUUAGUAUAAGGUCACAGUCACACUGCAUUUAGAUCUUACUUAUAGCUAUCUUAGUCUUGCUCUUGUGCUCAGUUACGCACUCUAUUCACUACAUAUAUUGUUGCCAAUUAAUACAUUAUUUUCUCAUUGUGAGGUAGUUGAUAGAGUGUAGGUCAGAGAAUCUGGGCGCUGUUCAUCGGGGAAAACUAGAACAGUGGUUACAU